AUGAGUGGCUUCCUCGCCUCCCUGGACCCCCGGCGAGUGCAGUGGGGGGCUGCUUGGUACGCCGUGCACUCCAGGAUCCUGCGCACCAAACCGGUGGAGUCCAUGCUGGAGGGAACUGGGGCCGCCGCGGCACAUGGCACCAAGCUAGCCCAGGUGCUCACCACCGUGGACCUCAUCUCGCUCGGAGUCGGCAGCUGCGUGGGCACUGGGAUGUACGUGGUGUCUGGCCUGGUGGCCAAGGAGAUGGCAGGACCCGGCGUCAUUGUGUCCUUCAUCAUCGCAGCCGUUGCAUCCAUAUUGUCAGGUGUCUGCUAUGCAGAGUUUGGAGUCCGCGUCCCCAAGACCACGGGGUCGGCCUACACCUACAGCUAUGUCACCGUCGGGGAGUUUGUGGCAUUCUUCAUCGGCUGGAACCUGAUCCUGGAGUACCUGAUUGGCACCGCGGCCGGCGCCAGCGCUCUGAGCAGCAUGUUUGACUCACUGGCCAACCACACGGUCAGCCGUCGGAUGGCAGACAGCGUGGGGACCCUCAACGGCCUGGGGAAAGGAAAACAAUCAUACCCGGACCUUCUGGCUUUGGUGAUCGCAGUCAUCGUCACCAUCGUUGUCGCACUGGGGGUGAAGAAUUCCGUGGGCUUCAACAACGUACUCAAUGUGCUGAACCUGGCAGUGUGGGUGUUCAUCAUGAUUGCAGGCUGCUUCUUCAUCAACGGGAAAUACUGGGCUGAGGGCCAGUUCUUGCCCCACGGCUGGUCAGGGGUGCUGCAAGGAGCAGCCACAUGUUUCUAUGCGUUCAUUGGCUUUGACAUCAUCGCCACCACCGGAGAGGAAGCCAAGAAUCCCAACACAUCCAUCCCUUAUGCUAUCACUGCCUCCCUGGUCAUCUGCCUGACAGCAUAUGUAUCCGUGAGCAUGAUCUUAACUCUGAUGGUGCCAUAUUACGCAAUUGACACGGAAUCCCCGCUCAUGGAGAUGUUUGUGGCUCGUGGGUUCUAUGCUGCAAAAUUCAUAGUGGCCAUCGGGUCAGUUGCAGGACUGACAGUCAGCUUGCUGGGCUCCCUCUUCCCAAUGCCGAGGGUCAUUUAUGCCAUGGCUGGCGAUGGGCUCCUUUUCAGGUUCCUGGCUCACGUGAGCUCCUACACGGAGACCCCAGUGGUGGCCUGCAUCGUGUCAGGGUUCCUGGCGGCUCUCCUCUCCCUAUUAGUCAGCCUGAGAGAUCUGAUUGAGAUGAUGUCCAUCGGCACCCUCCUCGCCUACACCUUGGUCUCUGUCUGCGUCUUGCUCCUUCGAUACCAACCAGAAAGUGACAUUGACGGGUUUGUCAAGUUUUUGUCUCAGGAGCACACAAAGAAGAAGGAGGGCAUUCUGGCUGAGUGUGAGAAGGAAGUUUGCUCUCCCGUGAGUGAAGGGGAAGAGUUUUCCGGCCCAGCCAGCAACACAUGUGGGGCUAAGAACUUACCAUCCUUGGGAGACAAUGAGAUGCUCAUAGGGAAAUCAGACAAGUCAACCUACAACGUCAACCACCCAAACUACGGCACCGUGGACGUGACCACAGGCAUAGAAGCCGAUGAAACUGAAAACAUUUAUCUCAUCAAGUUAAAGAAGCUGAUUGGGCCCCGUUACUACACCAUGAGGAUCCGGCUGGGCCUUCCAGGCAAGAUGGACCGGCCCACAGCAGCGACAGGGCACACGGCGACCAUCUGCGUGCUCCUGCUCUUCGUCCUCAUGUUCAUCUUCUGCUCCUUCAUCAUCUUCGGUUCCGACUACAUCUCAGAGCAGAGCUGGUGGGCCGUCCUUCUGGUCAUUCUCAUGGUGCUGCUGAUCAGCAUCCUGGUGUUUGUGAUCCUGCAGCAGCCAGAGAACCCCAAGAAGCUGCCCUAUAUGGCUCCCUGUCUCCCCUUUGUGCCUGCCUUUGCCAUGCUGGUGAACAUCUAUCUCAUGCUGAAGCUCUCCACCAUCACGUGGAUCCGGUUUGCGGUCUGGUGCUUUGUGGGUAUGCUCAUUUAUUUUGGGUACGGCAUCUGGAACAGCACCCUGGAAAUCAGCGCCCGAGAAGAAGCCCUGCACCAAAGCACGUACCAGCGUUACGACGUGGACGACCCCUUCUCAGUGGAAGAAGGUUUCUCCUAUGCCACAGAGGGCGAGAGCCAGGAGAACUGGGGCGGGCCUGCCGAAGACAAAGGCUUCUAUUACCAACAGAUGUCAGAUGCACAGGCAAACACCCAGACGAGUAGCAAGGCGAAGAGCAAAAGCAAACACAAACAGAACUCAGAGGCCCUGAUUGCCAAUGAUGAGUUAGAUUACUCUCCAGAGUAG